AUGGACUAUAUGUUGUGGAACUUGAUCUAUUUGUUCUAUGGGCUUUUCAAUGAUACCGAGUCAUCGAAGGUCGCUAUGCAAGACCGAAGGGUCAGCCAUCAUGGACUAUCAGCUCUCGUCUUUACGAGCUGCAUCCUGUAUGCCUCAAAGUACAGUAUCUUUCCGACAAUCGACCUCUGUAUAUCUGGGUACGAGCCACUCAUUGACUUGGCAUGCAAAAUCGAGCCCUUGGAGCCAAACGCAACUCCAUCCAUGUUCACAGAGAACCCGACAACUCUUAGAUCAACAUUGAAUGUUCUCGGUCCACUACAUCGCAGACUGGCUCUGCAACUCGUUGAUGUGCAACUGACGCAGGAACUAUCGAGUCGCUGCAAGACAAAUUCGUGCGAAUUAUUUUUCCUAAUAUGGUUAUUGUCGAAGAUCAGAACCAUCAUCGCAUCCGCCUGCGCUUCUGAAAUGAGAACGCGUUCGGUACGCAGCUGCAGCAUCCAAGUCUAUCAACAGCAGACACGAGGAUCUGGCUCGACAAAUCUUCUUUGGAAUAUCUGCAUUAUGGCCAUCGACCAACGUGAAAACAAGCGCCACCGGUCUAUCUGCGUUGGCAACAACAACAAGUUCAGCAGCGUCAUGGAGAAGACGAGUACGAGCUUCUCAUCCGCCAUGUUGGCCGACCUAUUAUAG